UUCGAAACCUCAGAGCUUAGUUCCUCCCCGGACCUAAACACAGGACGCACACAGAGCAGGCAUGGCGUCCUUCAGUCUCUGACUGUCUUUCAUCUGUCUGCUGCAGCUUCUCUUUCCGCUUCGGCUCGUUUGUUUUACACGAAGCCGAAGAAAUAUUUGACAACAUGGCGACGAGGACCGUGAGACAACUGCUUCUUCACCGCUAUGCAUCCACAGCAGCAGCCGUGCGUCCACCGGCUGCCGAGCUCCGCAGCCAGCGCAGCGCCGUGUUCUCCAGAGAGCAGACCCGGCAGCGAGCUCUUUACCCGCGCAUCGCGAAGAUAGAGGUGUCCAUGCGCGGCCCGGGGCUGGAGGGUACGCUGCUCGUCAUGAACAGAGGGAUCUCCACGCCGCUGAGCUGUGCCAGACACUUGACAGAGCAUCAUGUGACUAACUCAGCUCUGGCCCUCGUCGAUGGGGAGCCCUGGCCGCUCCACCAGCCCCUCAUCCGCUCGUGCUCACUCACCCUGCUCUCAUUUAGGGACAGUGACCCAACUCUGGUCAACCAGGCCUACUGGCGCUCCUGUGCUGCCAUGUUGGGUCAGGUGCUGGAGACUGCCUUUAAGGACAACUACACUGUGACGCUGCUCAGCACGCCGGAGGUGCCAGUCACUUCAGGAGCCUUCUGCUGUGAUGUGGCCCUCGACCCUCAACUGGAUUCAUGGACUCCCUCAGAGGAGACGUUGCGCUCCCUGACCCGCGGGGCCCAGCAGCUGAUCCACCAGGACCUGCCUUGGGAGCCUCUGGAGGUGGUGCCAUCUGUGGCGCUGGAGGUCUUCUCACACAGCAGAGUUAAACAGGAGGAGGUGGAGGAGAAAGCAGCACAAAAUCCCAAAGGCACAGUGAUGCUCUACAGAUGUGGUGACCAUGUGAUGUUGAGUGGGGGCCCUCUAGUGGCCAGGACAGGCAUGUGUUCCCAGUACGAGGUGACGGCUCUCCACAGCCUGGGACCGGGGCCCUGGGGCCUCCACCGUCGGGCCCAGGGCCUCUCUUUGCCUCUGCAGCUGCAGGCUCACCACACAGUCUGGAGGAAACUGAGGCAGAGAGCAGAGAAACUGGUAAGAAGG